AUGACCAAGAGGAUUUGCGUCAUCGGCUACGGGUCGGCAGGCCUUGUAGCUGUCAAGACUUUGCAAGAUCUGCCGAUAGAGCUGCGACGAGACUACGAUGUCGUCAUAUAUGAAGGAAGGGAAGCGCUCGGCGGUGUAUGGCUGCCAGAGGAGCACAUCAGACCUGCUCCAGACUUGCCCAUGACCGGUAUCUAUCCAGACUUACGCGCCAAUACGCCGGUCAACAUGAUGACCUAUCCGGAUCUGCCAUUCCCCAAGGGUACAGAUCUAUUCCCGCAUCAUUCCAAAGUGCUGCGGUACCUGCAAGACUAUGCACGCAUCUAUAGCCUCGAAGCAUCCGGCCAGACUGUCUUGAAGGCAUCACCGUAUUGUAGCUCUGAUGGCUCUUCGGCCGCUUCACGAGAGUCACUCGAGACUGGCGCGACUUCUAUAUCUUCAUUGCCGCCGCAACAUCAUGUACAGACAGAUUCAGCCACACGGCCUGCGCAAUUCAUCUUGCAUCCCCUGAAGAAAUCUGGCACCCAGUGGGCAGUGACGACUGUGCAUAAUCCUCCUUAUAAAGGCGCGAGUCCUGCUCAAACAGCGGUACGCUCUGCAUCAAAGCACGACGAAGACGAUGUCGACAAGCCAGAUAAUCUACGGGAAAUGACAGAGCAUUUUGAUCAUGUCAUUGUCGCGACUGGCCACUUCCACUAUCCCUCAAUUCCGCAUUGGCCGGGCGAGCAGGAUUGGCUAGACAGCACGCCUCCAUCUGCUGCUUACCAACGCAGGAUCAUGCAUUCGGGUGCAUACAGAGGGCCUCAAGACUUCGAGGAUCAAAUCGUGCUAGUUCUCGGUUCGGGUCCAAGUGGACUUGACGGCGCCCUUCAAAUUCGAAGAUAUGCUCGAAAGGUUUAUCAUUCUUACAACCCGAGCGUGAAGCUAUCUCCACAGUGGCCUUUUGAGCGCAAGGUCAAGAUCUCGCAUUUCACCCGUGAGUACAUUGUCUUCCUUGAUGGCUCAAGCCUGGAUGACGUUGACACGAUCUAUCUGGGCACUGGCUUCGAAAUUCACUAUCCUUACCUCGAAGCCGGCGGCCUUGUCAAGAGACAUACUGCCUUUGACCUGCCCGGCUGGGAUGGUAUGGUCGAUUCAAAUUUCUACUUGCGCCCGUUGUGGGAACACACCUUGUCACUCUCGCCCCUUCAUCCUCUCACUGCGCUGUCAUUCAUCGGCAUCCCAAUGGCAAACUCGUAUCGCUUUUCCAAUGCUGUUCAAGCGCUCCUUGUCGCAUGGACGAUUGCUCGACCAGACAUUCUGCCCGCACGUGAAGAGCUCUUCAGGCAGCUCGAGACGCAAGAGCAAGCGACGCUUGCGAAGGGACGACCGUUGGAAAAGCUAGGUCACCGGAUGGGCGAUCCUGCGGCAGGCGAGUCUGAGAUCUAUCAGACCCGAGUGCUCGAGUUCUUAGCACAAGCGGGCGUGCCUAUCGAUCCCGCUCUCAUCGAGCCACUGGUUCUUUGGCGGAUGGAGGUACGCAAAGACUUCUGGCUGUGUCUUCGCGGCUGGCAUCGCCUCGAGAAGCUUGGCAUGGCGCAAGAUUGGCUCAAAGACACUGAGGGCGACGAGGGCUAUGCUCAGCUCACUCGCCGCGUCAUUGCGUGGCAAAAGGCAUGGGAAAAGGUCCAUCGAGCACCACAGCAAGAGGUGAGCACCGCUACUGCUCGUUACAUGAUCUGCUCAAUAUGGAGCGGCGCAGAUAAGCGGCUGGGAUUAGCACGUAUUGCAUUAAUCAGCAUGAUAAAACUACGCGCGUCACGUCCCACGUCGAGACGGCAGCUGAUCACACAGUCUGGCAACGGUUCCGCGCUGCCAUAUGGUUGCUCAGACAACGCAAUGUUCCGCUGCACGCACAGAGGGUCAUCUGUUGCCGGCGGGUCUUUGAGCACCCUGCAGGACUGCAUCGCCUCGCUCGAGUCAUAA